CUCUCUCUAGAUCUUCUUAAAAGCUGCAGUAAGGGAGCUGGCCCAUAAGCUGGCACGCAGAUGGCAGCCCAAGGCACUUGACUAAGAAAUCGUCCUUUGCUGUGGUCAUUGCAGGAGGAGGACGAGGAUUUGAGCGGGCAUAGCACCACGACUCGUGGGACGGUCAGAGACCGCGCCGCUUUGCUCCACCUCGGCCAUCGCCCAAAGGGCACUGGCCAGCUCCACCCGCAGAGAUGGCGAGCCGCGCCGGCUUUGCUCUUUUGGCCUUGAUGGCUGUGGCUGUGCUUGCAGUUGCCGCGGAUGAGGCUGCUGAUGCCAUUGCCAAAGGUGACGCCUUUCUCACCAAGGGUGAAUUCACCUCGGCUCUGGACCAAUAUCACUUGGCAUGCAGCAAGGCCCCAGAUAACUACUUGGGCUUCUUCAAGCGUGCGACCGUUUACCUGGCGAUGGGCCGCUCGCUUCAAGCUACUAAGGAUCUGUCGGAUGUCCUCGCGUUGAAGCCCGACUUUGUCCAGGCGCGCAAGCGCCGUGCAGAGCUGUACCUGCGUUUGGGCCAGCUUGAUGAGAGCCAAGCGGACUACACUGAGCUGGGUGCCACUGAGCAUGCAACUGAUCUGGCUAAGAUUGAGAUGGUGCGCCAGCACAUGCAGGCUGGCCGUGACGCUGAGGCGGCUGGCGAGUUUGCUGCUGCCGUUCAACACUUUACAGAAGCUGCCAAGGAAGCCAACAGCGAUGGCGCGCUUCGCAUGCAUCGUGCCAACUGCCUGAUGCAACUGGGGGAAAGCGGCGAAGCCAUUGGUGAUCUCAUGCGUGCCACCAAGUUGAUCAGCGGCAACACCCGUGCUUACUUCUUGCUUUCCAAGCUGUACUACCGCAUGGGCGAACGCGCUGAUGCCUUGACCAACAUCCGCGAGUGUGUCAAGCUGGAUGAAGAGGACAAGGAGUGUUUUGGUUUUUACAAAAUGCUAAAGAAGUUCAACAAGGCUAUGGACAAGCUUGAUGCGGCGUACGAACAUAAGCGGUAUGCUGAAGUGUUGCAGCACUUACAAAAGGCGCGGGGCAUCGACACCUCCGAACCAGAAUACACGCGGCGCUUCCUGAACCUCGAAUGCGAGUGCUUUGAUAAUUUGCAAAAGCCGGACACAAUCGCCAAAUGCAAUGAGGCCAUCGCUGCAGAUCCUCAACAUGCCAUGAACCUGGUACACAAGGCCCAUGCCUUUGAGCGUAACUCAGAUUUUGAAGGCAGUGUGGACCUCCACCAAAAGGCCAAGGAACUGGAUGGCGAAAACCGUCAGAUCCAAGAGGGCUUGGAACGCGCACAGCGUUUGUUGAAAAACUCCAAGAAGCGUGACUACUACAAGAUCUUGGGCGUUCCCCGCAACGCCAACAAGCGCGCCGUGACCAAGGCCUAUCGUCAGCUUGCACAGGAGUGGCACCCUGAUAAAUUCGAAACGGAGGAAGAAAAGGCCAUCGCUGAAAAGCGCUUCAUGGACAUUGCUGCCGCCAAAGAGGUGUUGACGGACCCCGAAAAGCGCCGCAUGUUUGACAACGGUGAGGAUCCUUUGGAUGCGGAGGAGGAACGUGAGCGCGCUUCGCGCGGCCACAAUCCGUUUGGCGGUGGCUUCAACCCUUUUGGUGGUGGCCAGCGCUUCAACUUUAAGUUUCAAUAGUCACAUGCUGCGCGCCACAAGAGAAUGUGCCGUGAACGCGACAGGGAAAGGCUCCUGCGACUCUUUUCCAUCUUAUCAUCCUUUUUAAAAUCGAAUCAGACUUUU